AUGGAGUCAGACACUGGAAGUGUGCUGGAGGCGUUGACUGGGACUGAAGAAAGGAUGAGGCUGAUGAGACUGAAGAAUCUGCGAGGUUUUACACCGUCAUUUGACUCGCUUAAGGUUCAGAGUAGUCACUUCAAUGAAAAGCUAUCAACAUCACAGUUCAUGCUUUUUGAAUUCCAGGACGCCCAUGAGACAGACGUGCGAGCACAGAUCCGACUGUUGUUCUCAGACGUCAACGGAGAGAAAGUGACUAUCCAUCGCUCCAUGUCCUGCACUCAGAAGGCGAAGAACUACUCCUUCAAAAGCUUGGAGCAAGUCAUUACCCGAAUAAAAGACGGUGAGAAGGUGAGCUUGUCAUCAAAGUGUGGCGAACUGGAUCGGGAGAUGAUUUCUUCACUGGGAGUGUCGAAGGCUGUGCUGAAUAAUGUCAUCUUUUGUCACCAAGAAGAGUCCAACUGGCCACUUUGUGAGGGCAAAGCACUCAAAGACAAGUUUGACUCCAUCUUCGCUGCAACCAAGUACAUCAAAGCUCUGGAAACGAUGCGUCAGUUGCGUCUCAAACAGAGUCACACAGUGAAGGAGUGUCAGGUGGAGCUGCGCUACCUGAAGCAGAACAAGGAGAAAGCCCAGCAGAUUAAAGAGACUGUGGAUACCAAAGAGGCUCAGCUGAUGGCCUCUAAAGACAGCAUCCAACAAGUAGAGAGCCAGAUUGAUCCACUGGAGGUUUGUUUAUGAUAAUGUGCGUUUCGU